GUUAUACCUCUUGGAAGUUUUACUCAUGCUUGUCAGGAUGACAUAAUAUGUAAAGCUGAAAUGGAAGAUGUUCCAUAUUUUAAUGCACCUAUCUAUUUUGCAAACAAACAACAAAUUGGCAAAAUUGAUGAAAUUUUUGGUACUUAUAGUGAUUAUUUUGUUUCUAUUAAACUAAAUUCAGAAAUAAAAGCUAAGUCCUUUAAAGCUGCUGAUAAGUUGUAUAUUGAUCCUGCAAAAUUAUUACCACUGAAGAAAUUUUUACCACAACCUGGUGGUCAGAAAGGUGGCAGAGGUGGUGUAGGUGGUGGUAGAGGUCGUGGUCGAGGUGGUGGUGGUCGAGGGGGUGGUGGAUUUGGCCGUGGUGGUGGUCGUGGAGGCAGUGGACGUGGUGGCAGUGGUUUUGGACGAGGAGGUGGCGGCAGAGGAUUUGGGGGAGGUGGUCGUGGAGGUGGAAGAGGAGGUGGCCGUGGAUUUAGACGGUAGCUAUAAAUAUAUUUCUGUGAAUAAUUCAUUGUAUUCAUUAUCUGAAUUUCAUUUUCAGAAGUAUUUUAUAAUUUGACAUAUGAUGUAAACAAUAAAAGAAUUGUUAUUUUUCUUAUUGUA